AGUCCGGACUCCGGCGGAGACUCAGAGACCGUCAGUGUGUGUCGUAACUUAGUGGUGGUGAGGUACGCGGCGUUUAUCCAGGCCCUCUUGCACUUUAGCGCAAUUUUUUUUUUAGCAACUUUCAGUUUAACUGAAUCUACCAAGGAAUAUCUAAAGAGUGGCACAACUGGAGUGUAACUGGGGAGAUUGUGUUCAUAGUCCUCUUCCAGAAGGUGGAAAUAUACGUCGACUGAUCUGCAAGAUAUUCAAGUUUUCAAGCUUACUUCAGCAACGGCAGCUGUACAAAAAAUUCUUUGAGAUAAACUACAUGAAAGCAGUGGAAGCAAAAUAAAGAGAAAAAAAGAACAAAAGAAGAAAUAUUCAAGGGUCGCUCGAGCUAUGCUUGAACCCAGAAAGAACAGGUAGCGGGGAGCAGGCGAGGCUGUAAUAUGGUUACUUCACCAUGUUUAGUUUUCUUUCUGCUGAUCUCGGCUGCUGCAGGUAGCCCAUUAUUACCAACUCUUUCGCACGAUGCUGCCCUCGACCCUUUGCAAGCCUUCGACGAGGGCGAAGAAUUAUAUGAUGGGGUACUCCUCGUCUCCUACCCCGAUGCCCCCGGUGGGGACAACGAGACCGCAUACCCGCUCCCUACUACCGAGGCGGAGAAGAAAAAGAUAGAACAGUUCGACCCUGCCAAACUGAACUACACCGCGCUCCGCCUGGAGAUUGACGACGAACUCCAAAAGGUCGGGAAGCGAGAGGGCAAGUUGAUUGGAGGCCCCCGUCUGCCCAAGUUCCUGUCCAACUUGGGCAAGUUCCUUGACUUCGAACAAGUUGUGAAGGAGAUCGAGACGUCCAUUAUGUCGACGAUGUCAUGCAACGCGUGUAAAGCAGGUGUGGGUUUAUUGCAACACUACGUCCAGAACGGGAAGACGAGGGAUGACAUUAUUAGAGCGGCCUCCAAACUGUGUACGUCUUUUAAAAUCGAGACGCCCAGAGUCUGCUUUGGAAUAAUCCACCUUAUGGCGGAUGAAGUCGUUUACGUCGUGGAACAGCUGAUGAUGUCCCCCGAAGAGAUCUGCGGCUUCGUGAUAGGCGACAUCUGCGGUGUCCCCUACAACCCCUUCCACGAGUGGAGGGUCGCCUUCCCUCCCAUUCCGAAACCUUACGUCCCUCCACCACAGGCUCCUCCGGAAGGGAUGCCCACAUUGAAAGUUCUCCACCUCUCAGACACCCACUACGACCCGGAGUAUCAAGAGGGCUCGAAUGCAGACUGCAACGAGCCGCUCUGUUGCCGAGCCAACUCUGGCCCAGUGAAAUCGCCUGACCAGAGAGCCGGGCUCUGGGGAGACUAUCGGAAAUGUGACACUCCUCUGAGGACCAUAGAAAGCAUGCUGGAAAACAUUGCUUAUUUACAUCCCGAUAUAGACUACAUAAUCUGGACAGGGGACUUACCUCCACACGAUAUUUGGAAUCAGACGAGAGAAGGGAACUUGGAGAUUCUCAAGUCCACGGUUCAGCAGCUUCUAGAUUACUUCCCCCACACCCCUAUUUUCCCAGCUCUUGGGAAUCACGAGGCUGCUCCAGUCAACAGUUUUCCUCCGCCUUUCAUUGGAGGUGAUUACGGUGUCAGCUGGUUGUAUGAUGAGUUGGACCGUCAGUGGAACCAUUGGCUUCCAGAUGAAGCCUCGCCAACUGUCAGAAAAGGUGCAUUCUAUUCUGUUUUGGUGCGAACUGGCUUCAGAAUCAUAUCCCUAAAUAUGAACUACUGCAAUAAUAAAAACUGGUGGUUACUGAUGAAUUCCACUGAUCCUGCACAAGAACUUCAGUGGUUGAUCUAUGAACUGCAAGGGGCAGAAAUGAGAGGCGAGAAAGUUCAUAUCUUGGGGCACAUUCCUCCUGGUCACCAUGAUUGCCUUAAAGUGUGGAGCCAUAAUUACUACACUAUUGUAAAUAGGUUUGAGUCCACAGUUACUGCUCAGUUCUUUGGACAUACACAUUUUGAUGAGUUUGAGCUCUUCUAUGAUGAGCACAACCCACACAGAGUGACCAAUAUUGCCUAUAUUGGACCUUCGGUGACUUCGUACUACAAACUUAAUCCAGGGUAUAGACUUUAUACUGUUGAAGGAGAAUAUGAAGGUUCAAGAAAGAUGGUUAUAGACCAUGAAACGUGGGUCAUGAAUCUUGAUGAAGCCAAUCGUGAUGGAAGACCAAGAUGGUACCAGUUGUACUCUGCUCAGAGGGCAUACAAAAUGAGGAGCCUCCUCCCUCAAGAGUGGAAUAACCUUGUGUACAAAAUGAUGUUAGAGGAUGAACUUUUUGAAAAAUAUCUCAGGUUUUACUGGAAGAAUUCUGUUGCACAAGAAGAAUGUGAUGAAGAAUGUAGGAAACGUAUGUUGUGUGACCUCAAGUCAGGUCGUUCAAAUGACCGGAAGCGGACAUGUGCCAAGCUUAAUGAACAAGCAAAGUUAAGAGAGCGAAAUGACUGGAAAAAUUGGAUCUACUCAGGCCUGACUGUGACGUAUGUGUGGAUAACUGAUAUUUUCAGUUUUGGGUGAAAUGCGGUGCUUCCAUAUACUACACUAUUUGCACAGUACUAGUUCUCUACUUUUUCUUUUCAUAUCGUGCUAAAAUAUUUAUUUAUUUAUAAUCAACUGUAUAUAUAAUGUAACUUAAUAUUAACUGGUAUUGUUUUAUCCAUGCUAAGCUACAUUUCUUAUUACUCAUGUAGAACAGAAUUACAAGGGUUAAAGUAAAUAUAAUUACUAAAACUAUCUUUUCUUCAUCCAAUAACAUGGAAUCCAUAGUGUGUAUGUCUCUGGUUAAAAUUCAUAUAACAUAUAGGAAGUUAGGUGGGCCUUAGAUAUAUAGAUACAUUUGUUUAAUUACAUCAGCAUAUUUCAAUUUCCAAAGGCCAAUUUUAAACUAGUAGUAUUAUUAUCAUACUCCUUAUACUUUCACUUAUGGCUCAAAGCCUGACUAUGAAUUACAAAUCAUGUUUUUAAGUAACUGCUUAGAAUGUCCACAAUCAUGGUCACACAAAAAAAAAGAAACUAUCCAAGUUAAGCUUAUGCCCAUCCCAUUUUAAAUGGUUUCAUUCAUGUCUUGUUACCUAUGAACACAGUAAGCGUAUGAGAGGAGUAAGUCUGUUUGUAAUGGUCCCCAUAGGGAGCAAAUCUCUUCACAUGUACAGCCUUCUUAUGUUAUUCUGCCCUGUCUAUGACAUUAAGGACUUUCAUCAGCCAUUGUAUUAGAUUAGAACUUUUAUUCAUAUCUUCAUCUCUCUUACGUCAUUACGUACUCCAACUUAUUAUAUACGUAUUUAAUUUUUCAAAGAUAUCAGUUAGAAAUCAUUUAUAAAUGUAUUUUUGUGUCAAGGAUCAGUGAAAUCAUUUUAAAAGGUUUUAGACACUUCAGCUUGAUAUGCCUUUGGGUUAUUGUUGUAGUUAAAGACUGUUUGAAAGAAGUGAAAAAAAAUGUGGCCUAGCAUGGAUCUUGAACUACAGUACCACCUAGUAGAGUAAGCUUAAUUCUUAGUCUGUCACUGAAAGUUUCUUUCAUAUUAUGGCUAGUGAAUGAAUAAAAUAAAUACUAUACUGUC